AUGCAGCAAGGUCUAUACAAUAAGCAAACUGGAAAACUCACCAAUCCAUCCACUGGGGAAGAGCUAGAUCUAGAAGAAGCCAUUGAAACUGGACUCAUUGAUGCAGAAUCAAGUAUUGUAAAAGACCCAACUAGCGGCAAAAACAUCACUCUAGCAACUGCAAUACAGAAAGGUGUAAUAGAUGCUCAGACUGGCUCCUUCACUAGUGAAGAAAUAUCAUUGGAUGAAGCAGUGGCAGCAAAGGUGGUUGAUGAUACUGAUGAAGAAAAGCCUUUAAUGACAUUGCUCGAUGCCUCCAGCAGGGACUAG